CUCACUCACCUCACCGCAUCGCGAUCCCUUCUUCCCUCCCAGUCUCCGAUUGCGAUCCACAGCACCCCCAGAAAUCUGCUUCCAUGGCCGCCAAGAUCUACAUAGUGUACUACUCCAUGUAUGGUCAUGUCGCAAAGCUAGCAGAGGAGAUCGAGAAAGGUGCUGCUUCUGUUGAAGGCGUUGAGGUCAAGCUAUGGCAGGUCCCAGAGACUCUUUCUGAUGAUGUACUCACCAAGAUGGGUGCUCCUCCAAAGAAAGAUGUUCCCAUCAUCACACCCACAGAGCUUGCCGAGGCUGAUGGUGUCAUCUUUGGGUUCCCGACUAGAUUUGGAAUGAUGGCUGCUCAAUUCAAAGCAUUCAUGGAUGCUACUGGUGGGCUAUGGAGGACACAGCAGCUCGCGGGCAAGCCCGCGGGAAUUUUCUACUCCACUGGCUCCCAGGGUGGUGGCCAAGAAACUACUCCGUUGACAGCAAUUACUCAGCUAGUGCAUCAUGGCAUGAUCUUUGUUCCAGUAGGGUACACAUUUGGUGCUGGGAUGUUUGAGAUGGAGCAGGUGAAGGGUGGAACCCCAUAUGGGUCUGGCACUUUUGCUGGUGAUGGAUCAAGGGUUGCCACUGAGCUUGAGCUGCAACAAGCAUUCCACCAAGGGAAAUACUUUGCUGGAAUUGCAAAGAAGCUCAAGGGUUCCGCGUGAUCACCUAGACUAUGUUUGAGCCUGAUCAUCCAUAUGAAAUAAAGUUUAGCUCUCAAGUUGAUAAUUUGUUAUUUGACCUCAGAGCACCAUUGGAGCUGUAAUCUGGGUUGUUGCCCAAUACUUUGCCAUGAUAUAUGUGAUCCCUUACUUUUUCCUGCUUUACUAAA